AUGCCACGCGAGGAGCCCGGCGACUACGACAUCUACCUGCUCGCGCAGACCUGGUCGCCAAUGUUCUGCUGCAAGAAGGCCGACAGGUGCACCACCGUGCCGUGGGCCUUCUCCGCCCGCCACCUCAGCCUGCAUGGGCUGUGGCCGUCAUUUGCGGUGCCACGUCCCGACGGCAGUAAGCACGGCUCCCCGUCACCCACGAGUUGCAGCUACAAGGCAAAGCUCCUGGCAUCGCAGCUGCCGCGCGAGUACAUCGACGUCGCGCCGUCCUUUACGCGGUGGAACGCCGCGGAGCACAAGGCGGAGGUGGGCGACCUCGCCAAGCACGAGUGGGUCAAGCACGGCACCUGCAGCGGCCUCUCCCCGGACGCGUACUUCGCCGAGGCGCUCAACGCGCUGCGCUUUCUGCCGGGCGAUCGCGGCACGCCAGCCCUGAUCAGCGGCAACGUGGGCGGCGAGGUAUCUGCGGCGCAGCUGCGCAGCGAGUACGGGCGCCGCGUCGCCAUCCGCGCUGACAAGCACUGCCGACUCUCCGAGGUGACGAGCUGCUUCGCCAAGGGGCCGAAUGGGACGGUCGGGCCGCAGAUCGACUGCCCGUCGCACGUGAUGGGCGGGCGCGACAGCGGCCACUGCUCGAGGUUUGUCAUCAAUGAGCUUGGAAAGUGCCUUGCCGGGGACGGGCAGAAAAAGAAAUAA